AUGGCGGCAGCGAAGGGGAAUCACGUGGAGAUAAUGGCGCUGCUCGGGACAAAGGUGGAUUUGAGACGCCGCGAUGGCUGCUCGGCGUUGCACUUGGCCGUGGCCAGUCAGCGCCCGAAAGCUGCAAAACUGCAGCUCGGCUUCGAUGCGGACGCAUCUUUCGCUAACAAUGACGGAGUGAUGCCCAUGAAACUCUUGUUGAGGGUGGCGCCACAGUCGAUACGAGCUGUGUCCCAGAACGGCGCCAACGUUCUCGCCAUUGCAGCUCAAGCUAACGGCAACACGGCUCUGACUAUCGCCGCUGAAUCGGGGCAGGUGGAAGCGGUUGGAACCUUACUAAGCCACAGCGCUCGGGGCAAUACGAGCGAGUUCCCGGAGGUGGCGCCGUUAGCUGCAGCGGCGCAACAUGGGCACGUGGAAGUGAUUCAGGUGCUGCCCGGGGCUGUGUAUAGAGCUGUGUACAGUGGGCAGCUGGAGGCAGCUCGCGCGUUGGUAGAGGCUAGUCUUGGCGCCAACGUGAACAAGCGGAACCAGAGCGGGUGGACGCCUCUCAUGGCCGCAGCACAUCGGAACUUUGCGCAGAUUAUGGAGCUUUUGCUGGAGAGGGGCGCCUCGCUCACGCUGAAGACGAAGGAUGGGCGGACCGCUCUGCAUAUUGCAGCUCAGGAAGGCCACACAGAGGCGGGUAUCUCAGUUCGAUGA